AUGCGAUGGCCUCGUCAGAAUGGCAAAGGUGGACAAGUGAUUAUUUGUGAUGUGAGAUCGAAUGGAAUGGCAAUGGAUAGCGAAGGAUAUCUUGGAGGAGUCGUGGCAGGUGGAAAUGGAAAAGGAAAUCUACUUGAUCAACUGAAUGGAUCCGGUGGUGUGUUUGUGGACAAUGAUAAUCAUCGAGUAAUGAAAUGGAUGAAAGGUGCACGAGAACUUAUUGUUCUUGCAGAUGGCAGAGGUAGAGGAAGUAGUUUGUCGCAGCUGUCUUAUCCUUGGGGAAUUGUCGUUGAUCAAUUAGGAAGUGUUUAUGCGGCAGAUCUUCUGAAUCAUCGAAUAGUACGAUGGUGUGCGGUUGUUGAUGGAAAUGGACAAAGACAAGGAACAAAUCAAUUGAGUUGGUCUACAAGUUUGUUUUUCAGCGAGGAAAAUAAUUUAUAUGUAACCAGUUCUGAUGGUCAUCGAAUCCAAAAGUUUAAUGUUGAUGUGAAAUAA